AUGAGAGGGGCAAUGCAAGUCUCAGUCGUGCUCCUCCUAGUAACUGUGACCGACUGUGCUGUCAUCACAGGGGCCUGUGAGCAGGAUGUCCAGUGUGGAGCAGGCACCUGCUGUGCCAUCAGCCUGUGGCUGCGCGGGCUGCGAAUGUGCACCCCACUAGGGCGGGAAGGAGAGCAGUGCCACCCCGGCAGUCACAAGAUCCCCUUCAUCAGGAAGCGCCAGCACCACACCUGUCCCUGCUUGCCCAACCUGUUGUGCUCCAGGUUCCUGGAUGGCAGGUACCGCUGCUCUGUGGACUUGAAGAGCAUCAACUUCUAG